UGUGGCCCUAAAAAGCAAAAACGAAAAAAAACAAAAAAGUAUGAUUUUUGGCUGCUUGUGUGGUAUGUGCUAAUUCUGGGCCCAGGGGUCAAACCCAUGCCACCACAGUAACAAUGCUGGAUUCUUAACCUAUUGAGCCACUAGAGAACUCUUAAGAUGAUCUUUAGUUCAUCUUUUGUCUAUGGUUGCACCCUCAGCAUUUGGAAGUUUCUGGGCCAGGGGUUGAAUCCCAGCCACAGCUGUGACCUAUAUCACAGGUGUAGCAAUGCAGGGUCUUUAACCCCCCCUGCCAUAAUGGGAACUCCCAUCCUUAUUUUAAAUUGACUAGAAAAGUUUUUUAAAAAGCUACCAGUCAUAUAUAGUUUAUUUUGUCCAAUAGGUGUCAAGUUUACCUAACACAAGAAGGAGAUCCCUAUUUAGUUUAAGGUGGGUUUGUACUUUGUUAAUGGCAUAUGGAUUCUUUUUUGGGAAGGUGGGGAUCAUGGUGGUAAAGUUAGGGAAAAGGAUCAAGAGAAUAAAUGAUUAUUUAGAAGAAAGAAGGAGGAGGACUCAUAGCUAUGUAAUCUAAUCUGAGGUUGCACUGACAUGUUGACCUAACAUUUGUAAAAUAAUAUUGUAUUAAUAUUACCAUUGGAAAAAAUUAUCUCUAGUUAUCAGCACAGUUCAUUCGAUUUAGAUCAUAAAAAUCACAACUUGUUAUUUAAAAUUUGUAGCUACCAAAUCUUUUUUUUGUGUUUAUUCAGCAAAUACUUAUUGAGCACUUACUUUGUAGGAGGCACAGUUUUUUGCGUAGAAACAGCUUUAGGGCAACGUUUUAUUUCAGACUUUUUUUUUUAAUAUUAUGCAAUUCUGAAACCAGGGAAGCAUUUGUGUGUGUGUGUUUUAGUGAAACUUCGUCUGAGCCAUUUUAUUGGCUUGAUUUCCUCUUGUGAAUAAGUUUAUAGUCACUAUAUGGCGAUUUAUCUCCCUCUGCUACUGUAUUUUUAACAUGUACGUUAUUUGUAAUAACGUUAGUUUUAUCAAAGGGAUCUUAAAAAGUAGAUGAUAUAAAUGAAUACGUUUCCAAAUGAACCAAAUAGAAAUGUAAGAGGAUACAUAAAUUUCAUGACUAAAAAUUCUGAAUGGAUAAUCCAGUCUCUCAGAGACUGGCAUGUUCUGUUGUUUGCUAAUAAAAACCUGUUUAGUGUGUUCUUUAAUUCUUCUGAGGAGGGAAAAGGACGAAGUCAGUCUCUGAGAGAAGUUGGAAGCUCCUUACUUUGUCAAGUAAAGCUUUUACAAUAUUUUGUAGGUAUCACUUUUUUGUUGGUAUGCCUGUUUCAAACUGCAGCGCUUUCAAGUGAACGGGUUACAGGUAGCAUAAGCUGUGACACGGGCAAACAAGUUAGACAGCCACCUUUAUUUCCAGCUGCGGGACUGGGUGUUAGAUCUCUUCCAGAAAGAAAAUUUGAUUAAUGGCUCUUUUCUAGAGUGAGGACAAUUGCAGACUUUUCUUCUGCAGAGCGUGAAAUGUGCCUCUUCCUGCCGAGGGGCCUCGUCCUAGCCGUGGAUCCCGCGACCACUUCCAGCCUCAGGUGUCCCUCUCGCCGCGGGCCGCAGCGCUCUCCGGGGCGGGCGUCCGGGACUUCCUGUCUGGGCGCGGGGCGGAAGGAUCGCGUUGCCAGCCGAGGCGGCCGCCGCCGCCGCCGCCCCUGCCGUUAGGUGGUGGGGUUUCUCAGCCCGGCGGCGGGAGGCGGGCCGCCCUCGGCUUCCUGUCGGAGGACGCGCAAGGAUCCGGGCGUCUGAGUGUGUGCGAGUGCGUGAGUGUGUGUCGGUCGCACGGCGUGUGUCUCCGGCCGCGGGUUCCGCCUCCUCCCCUGCCGCCGCUGCUCACGGUGUAAGUCAAUGUGAAGCAGCAGCUCCAGCCCCGGGAUAAACAUGGCGACGUCUCUGCAUGAGGGACCCACGAACCAGCUGGAUCUGCUCAUCCGGGCUGUGGAAGCAUCAGUUCAUAGCAGUAAUGCGCACUGUACAGAUAAGACCAUUGAAGCUGCUGAAGCCCUGCUUCAUAUGGAAUCUCCUACCUGCUUGAGAGAUUCAAGAAGUCCUGUGGAAGUGUUUGUCCCUCCUUGUGUAUCAACUCCAGAAUUUAUCCAUGCUGCUAUGAGGCCAGAUGUCAUUACAGAAACUGUAGUGGAGGUGUCAACUGAAGAGUCUGAACCAAUGGAUACCUCUCCUAUCCCUACAUCACCGGAUAGUCAUGAACCAAUGAAAAAGAAAAAAGCUCAAAGGGCCUCGCAGAUUAUCAGAUCCAGUGCAAUAGUUGGCCGUAAACCAAAGACCCAGCAGUCGCCGAUUUCCAAUGGGUCUCCUGAGUUAGGUAUAAAGAAGAAACCAAGAGAAGGAAAAGGAAACACAACCUAUUUGUGGGAGUUUCUUUUAGAUCUACUUCAAGAUAAAAAUACUUGUCCCCGGUAUAUUAAGUGGACUCAGAGAGAAAAAGGCAUAUUCAAGCUUGUGGAUUCAAAGGCUGUCUCUAAGCUUUGGGGAAAACAUAAGAACAAGCCAGAUAUGAACUAUGAAACUAUGGGACGAGCUUUGAGAUAUUAUUACCAAAGGGGUAUUCUUGCAAAGGUUGAAGGACAGAGGCUUGUAUACCAGUUCAAGGAUAUGCCCAAAAACAUUGUGGUCAUAGAUGAUGACAAAAGUGAAACCUGUAAUGAAGAUUUAGCAUCAGCUACUGAUGAAAAAUCAUUAGAACGAGUGUCACUAUCUGCAGAAAGUCUCUUGAAAGCAGCAACUUCUGUUCGUGGUGGAAAAAACUCAUCUCCUCUUAACUGCUCCAGGGCAGAGAAGGGUGUAGCUAGAGUUGUGAACAUCACUUCCCCUGGUCAUGAUUCUUCAUGCAGGUCUCCUACCACUACCACCUCUGUACCAGCAACGGCAGCUCCAAGGACAGUUCGUGUGGCAAUGCAGGUACCUGUUGUAAUGACAUCAUUGGGUCAGAAAAUUUCAACUGUGGCAGUUCAGUCAGUUAAUGCAGGUGCACCGUUAAUAACCAGCACCAGUCCAACAACAGCAACCUCUCCAAAGGUGGUUAUUCAGACAAUCCCUACUGUGAUGCCUGCCUCUACUGAAAAUGGAGACAAAAUCACCAUGCAGCCUGCCAAAAUUAUCACCAUCCCAGCUACACAACUUGCACAGUGUCAACUGCAGACGAAGUCGAAUCUGACUGGGUCAGGAAGCAUUAACAUUGUCGGAACCCCACUGGCUGUGAGAGCACUUACCCCUGUUUCAAUAGCCCACGGUACACCUGUAAUGAGACUAUCAGUGCCUACUCAGCAGGCAUCUGGCCAGACUCCUCCCCGAGUUAUCAGUGCCGUCAUAAAAGGGCCAGAGGUUAAAUCAGAAGCAGUGGCAAAAAAGCAGGAACAUGAUGUGAAAACUUUGCAGCUGGUACAAGAAGAAAAACCAACAGAUGGAAAUAAGACAGUGACCCACGUAGUGGUUGUCAGUGCGCCUUCAGCUAUUGCCCUUCCUGUAACUAUGAAAACAGAAGGACUGGUAACGUGUGAGAAAUAAAGCAGCAGCUUGCCCAUGGACUUUUGAAUGUUAGUGAUAGUACUAACUAUUGGCAAGGAUGUCAUCAAGAGAAGUCAAAAGACUUUAAAACAUUUUUAAUGCAUAUAAGAAAACAAUCAAACUUACUGGAAAUAAAUUACCUAUCCCAUGUUUCAGUGGGAGAUGAACUACAUAUUGAGAUGCUGACAGAAAACUGCCUCUUACAGUAGGAAACAACUGAACCCGUCAAUAAGAAAAAGGAUUGAAAGGGACCAAGCAACUCACUACAAUAUCAAGUUACACUAAGACUUGGAACACUAACAUUCUGUAAGAGGCUAUAUGGUUUUCAGUGGGGCGGGGUUGGGAUGGGUGAUCUCAUUGUUACAUAUAGCAAUUUUUGAUGCAUUUUAUAUGCAUACCAGCAAUUAUUACUGUGUUCACACAGAACUCACUUAACUGGUGCUAUGUGAAGACUGCUAAUAUAGGUAUUUUAGAAUGUGAAUUGAAGAAUGGAUCCAAAAGCUUCAAAAGAGGAUAGCAAAAAAGAUCUAGUGUGAUUUUUUUUUUAAUAUCAUAUAGCUUAAGCUGAUUUAAAACAAAGGCCUUAGACUAACUUUCGGUUUUCUUUAUUGAAAUAAGCUAACAGCUUGUUUGUGUAAAGCUUUUUUAUUAAAAGAAAAAUUUUAAAAAUCUUGUACCUAGCACAGUAUUGUUAUAGAAUUUACAUGUAACAUUUUAUAUGGUAGUUUAAGUCUGUCAGUUUCUUAAUUGUGGACAAAUUAACAGUUGGCUCUGGCCUUUUGCUGUAACAUGCCUGUGUCAUUCACUUAGCCCUGGCAGGCAUAGCAGUUUCAGUUCUACUGUCACUUGGAAGUUAAGGCUCAGCAUGAAUUUUUGUCAGGUAGCUCUAAUACCUGGAGUUUUCUUUCUUCCUUCCUUCCUUUUUUUUUUUUUUUUUUUUUUUUUUUUUUUAGUUGAAGUUUAAGAGGGAAAGUACCAGUGUUCAGAUUUGAACUAUAAUAGUUUGUAUAUUCAACAUUUGAAGUAUAUUCUAUUUUGUUGUACUCUUGUUUCAAAGUGUAUUCAAGUAGGUUUUCUGAAAUAUAGAAAUGAAAUUUA